UAAUGCUUAGCCACUAAAAAGGGAUGAGCAUAAACCAAAAGGUUGAAGGAAUUGGUCAGUCAUAAAUAAUAAAAUCCGAUUUGAAACCAUGGUCUAAUUCAACAUCUUCACAUGUUGCAAACCACAGCAGAACACAUUGAAAAUAUUGAGCAUGUAGUAAUAAACAAUGACAACUCGUCCUGAUGAGGAAAACUUUUUUCCACAUAGUGUCGCUUGGUCUUCAUAGUUCAUAUUCAAAUGUUUUGUCCAAUUGUGCGCGUGAGAGAGAUAUGGAAAAGUCAGACAGUCAAAAGCCAAAUAGAAAAUUCACAAAUGGUUCAAUAAAAUAGCAGUUUUCUGCUAUUAACUUAAUCAGUUGAGUUGAUUACUAUGAAUAUCUUGUGGGUCGUGGCGCGUUCAACUUCUAUCACACACGUCCCUCUUUUUUCUUGUUUAUUAUGAGAAAAAAUUAUUGUUUACUUAAUCAGUCCAAUCCAUCUUUGCAGCUCUCUAUAUAAUCCCCUCUAAUCUAAUAUCCUGGUAAGCUCAUCGAUCUUCUGUAUCUUCAACACUAAUCCAAACCCCAAACCAAUUCUCUCUCUUUCUCUCUUAGAUUCUUACCCUCCGUUCUUCAACAGAAAGUAACCUGUUUUCAGUUGACGAAUGGACGUUUACGAGAGAGGUUUCAUACCUGAAAUUCCACAUAGUGAAGAAGAGAUGGACGUAAGGAAAGGUCCGUGGACUGAAGAAGAGGACUCCAUGCUCAAGGCGUAUGUCAAUAUUCAUGGUGAAGGUCACUGGAAUUCUGUUGCUCGCUUAUCAGGAUUAAAAAGAACCGGCAAAAGCUGCAGAUUAAGAUGGCUGAACUACUUGCGACCAGAAGUCAGACGAGGAAACAUCAGCCUCAGAGAGCAGCUAUUGAUUCUUGAACUCCAUUCUCGAUGGGGCAACAGGUGGUCAAAAAUUGCACAACACUUGCCUGGAAGAACAGACAAUGAAAUAAAGAACUAUUGGAGAACAAGAGUUCAGAAGCAGGCAAAGCAGCUUAAAUAUGACGUUAACAGCCAACAAUUCAGGGAUGCCAUGCGUUACGUUUGGAUUCCCCGUCUAAUUGAACGGAUCCGUGCUUCAUCCGAUUCCCCCUCAGGUCAACCCUCCACCAACGCCGCCACCACCACCACCUACAUCGAUAGUAUCAGCAAUAUAACCACCAGUCAAAUCACCUAUGCAAAAACAAUUGGUUCAGUCCAGGUUGACCGAAGUCUCAUGCCCGAGCUAUCAGGCACUUCAUCAGACUCCCUGGACACCCAAGUCUCUUCCGUUACUGACCUCACAGAUUGUUACAAUCCCCAAAAUGUUUCAAACUUCCCAAAUAACUUCCAAAAUGGGUCGGGUUUAUACCAGGAAAAUUUAACGGCCACAUGGGGUAGAGAUGAUGAGGUAGAAUUUCAGGCAACAGAGGAGCAGAGCAAUGGUUGGUUGGGUGGUGGGGACUCGAUGGAUACUGUGUGGAAUGAAGAGAAUAUUUGGUUCUUACAGCAGCAGCUUUAUGAUGAGGCCUAACGAUAUGAAUUUGCUUACGUGAAGUAUCAUGUUUUAUUAUUAUAUUUAAAUAUUUUCGCUAUUUUGUUUUCUGAUUGAGUAUAUAACACCACAAAAUUUGACAACUUUUGGAAUGUAAAUGUUUCACGCAACAAAGUCAGGAUGAUAGGGAUUUAUGACAUUAGAGUAUCCUGAAGAAUAUCAAUUGCUCAAUUCUGUGUUUUUUUAUCUUUCCUUUUCGAGCAUCCAUAGAUAUAUGUAGUUUAAUUUUUAUUGAAAACAAUUUUACUACUUAAAAAAAGCACUACUUCUAGAAGGAAAGCAUCUCAAGAUAUGUUACUAGCAUCUCUAAAAGAUGAAGCUACUCAUAUUCGGAGGAAAAAAGAAAGUUGAGGAUAGGGUAGCCAGAGAAAUUAGCAGCAGAAUAUUUGGUCUUGUUCCAGGCAACCUUGUAAAAGAAGGAAUAUUCUUGUGAUAAUGUGAUUUUGGAAGUUGAUGAACCAUCACGUGAACCGUCUGUCGUAAUAAAAUGUUCAAAUUUUAGCUACUAAG